AUGAUGGAGGAGCGAGCGGCCGCCGCGGUCGCAUCGGCCGCCUCCUCCUGCCGCCCUCUGGGCUCGGGCACGGCUCCCAACCCGACGGCGGCGGCCCCGGCCUCCAGCCCGGCUCCUGGGUCCGGCCCGGUAGGUAAAGGAGGUGGUGGCGGAGGCAGCCCGGGCCCCACGGCGGGCCCGGAGCCCCUCAGCCUGCCUGGGAUCCUGCACUUUAUCCAACACGAGUGGGCACGCUUCGAAGCCGAGAAGGCCCGCUGGGAGGCCGAGCGCGCCGAGCUGCAGGCUCAGGUGGCUUUCCUCCAGGGCGAGAGGAAAGGGCAAGAGAAUCUAAAGACGGACCUGGUGCGGCGGAUCAAGAUGUUGGAGUAUGCACUGAAGCAGGAGAGGGCCAAAUAUCAUAAACUGAAGUUUGGUACAGACCUGAAUCAGGGGGAGAAGAAGGCAGAUCUGUCAGAACAAGUCUCCAAUGGCCCUGUAGAGUCCGUCACACUGGAGAACAGCCCACUGGUGUGGAAGGAGGGGCGACAGCUUCUGCGACAAUACCUGGAAGAGGUGGGCUACACAGAUACCAUCCUGGACAUGCGGUCCAAGCGUGUGCGUUCCCUUCUGGGCCGUUCGCUGGAACUCAAUGGGGCCGGUGAGCCUGUCGAGGGGGCCCCCAGGGCUUCCCCGGGCCCUGGGGGACUUAGCGGUGGCGAAUCUCUACUAGUAAAACAGAUUGAGGAACAGAUCAAGAGGAAUGCAGCGGGCAAAGAUGGCAAGGAGCGCCUGGGUGGCUCGGUGCUGGAGCAGAUACCCUUCCUACAAAACUGCGAGGGUGAGGACAGCGAUGAGGAUGAUGAGCUGGACAGUGUGCAACAUAAGAAGCAACGUGUGAGGCUUCCAUCCAAGGCCCUAGUGCCUGAAAUAGAGGACGAGGAUGAAGAAGAUGACUCAGAAGAUGCCAUCAAUGAGUUUGAUUUCCUGGGCUCAGGAGAGGAUGGAGAGGGGUCUCCAGAUCCUCGACGCUGUACUUCAGAAGGCAGCCCCCAUGAGCUGGAAAGCCGUCGGGUCAAACUCCAGGGAAUUCUUGCUGACCUCCGGGAUGUGGAUGGGCUGCCCCCGAAAGUGACUGUCCCACCUCCUGGCACACCCCAGCCCCGGCCUCAUGAAGGUUCCUUUGGCUUCUCCUCAGACGUCUUCAUCAUGGACACUAUCGGGGGCGGGGAGGUGAGCCUGGGGGACUUGGCAGAUCUCACCGUCACCAAUGACAACGACCUCAGCUGUGAUCUGUCUGACAGCAAAGAUGCUUUCAAGAAGACAUGGAACCCCAAGUUUACCCUCCGCUCACACUACGAUGGCAUCCGCUCCCUGGCCUUCCACCACAGCCAGUCAGCACUGCUUACUGCCUCUGAGGAUGGCACUCUCAAACUGUGGAACCUGCAGAAGGCAGUUACGGCCAAGAAAAAUGCUGCACUGGAUGUGGAGCCAAUUCAUGCUUUCCGCGCUCACAGGGGCCCUGUGCUGGCAGUCACCAUGGGCAGCAACAGCGAGUACUGUUACAGUGGUGGGGCUGAUGCCAGGAUCCACAGCUGGAAGAUCCCUGACCUCAACAUGGACCCAUAUGAUGGCUAUGACCCAAGUGUGCUGAGCCAUGUCCUGGAAGGCCAUGGGGAUGCUGUGUGGGGCCUGGCCUUCAGUCCCACCUCCCAGCGCCUAGCAUCCUGUUCCGCCGAUGGCACCGUUCGCAUCUGGGAUCCCAGCAGCAGUGGGUCAAGCUGCCUCUGUACCUUCCCCAUGGCUGGAGAACAUGGGAUUCCCACCUCAGUGGCCUUCACCAGCACCGAACCUGCUCAUGUUGUAGCCUCCUUUCGUUCUGGUGAUACCGUUCUUUAUGACUUGGAAGCUGGCAGCGCCCUUCUCACAUUGGAGUCCCGAGGGAGCAGCGGCCCAACACAGAUCAACCAGGUGGUGAGUCACCCAAACCAGCCUCUCACCAUCACUGCACAUGACGAUAGGGGCAUCCGGUUCCUGGACAAUCGGACAGGUAAACCUGUGCAUUCCAUGGUGGCCCACCUGGAUGCAGUCACCUGCCUAGCUGUCGACCCAAAUGGUGUGUUCUUGAUGUCAGGAAGCCAUGACUGUUCUCUGCGUUUAUGGAGCCUCGACAACAAGACAUGUGUGCAGGAGAUCACGGCCCACCGCAAGAAGCAUGAGGAGGCCAUCCACGCAGUGGCCUGCCAUCCCAGCAAGGCACUUAUUGCCAGUGCUGGUGCUGAUGCCCUAGCCAAGGUCUUCGUAUGAUCCCACCUGGCCUCGCCCUGACUGCACAGUGGCAGGGAGCGGGGCCAGGCAGUGGGGCUGAGGUAAGGACCAGGGCCAUUUGUGUUCUAGAUAGGAAUGCAGACACCCAGUGUCCUUGCCCCAGAAGACACCCCUAUACCGACCCACUCCCAUGAUCCACUUGCCUAUCAGUUGGAGUUGUGCCAAAGCCCACAGUCCU